UUCUCAUCAAAAUUAGUAAAUGGGAUUCCAUAAUUAAAUAAACAGUCGGCGUAAUUUACUAGAACCUGGGCUCUCAACCCCAUCUGCUCAUUCCCCAUUUUGUCCACGUUCUCCGCCACGGGUUACCUCCGUCCACGGCGUCUCUGUCAUAACAACAUUAAUUGAGAAAAUCGCAUAAAAGGGAGGUAUUCAUAAAAUAAUGGGCGCGUCGUUAUCGAACCUGACGGAGAACGGGUCGGCCAAUGACAGGCCUGGUUUAGGGGACAUACCGGAGAGCUGUGUCGCCAGUGUUUUCUUGCACCUGACGCCGCCAGAGAUCUGCAACUUGGCUAGGCUCAACCGCGCUUUCCGUGGCGCCGCCUCAUCUGACUCCGUCUGGGAAACCAAAUUGCCCUCUAACUACCAACAGUUGCUCGACCUUUUUCCGGAAGACAGAUACCAUGGACUGUGCAAGAAAGACAUAUUCGCCUUCCUCUCUCGUCCAGUUCCCUUCAACGGCGCCAACAAGGAAAUAUGGUUGGAUAGGGUUACUGGAAGGGUUUGCAUGGCAAUUUCUGCAAAAGCAAUGACCAUAACAGGGAUUGAGGAUAGGAGAUACUGGAACUGGCUUCCCACAGAAGAGUCUAGGUUCCAUGUUGUGGCCUAUUUGCAACAAGUAUGGUGGUUUGAAGUUGAUGGUGUGGUGUGUUUUCCUUUUCCACCGGAUGUCUACACACUUUCGUUCAGGAUCCAUCUUGGCAGGUUCAGCAAGAGAUUGGGGAGGCGUGUUUGCAACUUCGAACACACCCAUGGUUGGGAUAUAAAACCAGUGAGGUUCGAGUUCUCGACUUCUGAUGGGCAACAUGGCGUGAGCGAGUGCUUUCUGGAUGAUGAUGUACAGGAUGAGGUAAGUGGGAAUCACAAGCGUGGGUGCUGGAUAGAGUACAAGGUGGGGAAAUUCCUUGUCACUGGAUCUGAUCCGAUGACUGAGGUUCGGUUUUCAAUGAAACAGAUUGAUUGCACGCAUUCCAAAGGCGGCCUUUGUGUGGACCAUGUAUCAAUUGUUCCCAGUGAUCUGAACCGGCAUUCAAGAGAAUGGGAUUUGAAGUAACAGUGACAUGUCUAAGCAUGAAUGAAUAUCCCGUCAGGUUUUAGUUGGGGGUUUAUUCUACUGAUGGUGAUUGUAGCGAAGAAAAAUGUGGGUGUCAUGAUUGAUGUCAUCUUUUUGUAGGUAUAUGCCUCUUAUCCAUGUUGCCUUUCAUCAAUUUUUGUUGACAUGUCGUUGUAAAUUUCAUAUAUGGAAGUUUAGAAUGAUCAAAUUGACCCCUUUUUGUGUCAUUCGAAAGAGAAAUUUUAGUAGAGUCCUUGUUUGAGUAAAAUAUAUAAAAACAACUUAUAUGUGUGGUCCGAUGUCGU